ACAGAUUCUACCAAGAAACUUGAAGAUGUGCUCAAGGAGUUUACUGGGUCAGGUCCUCUUUCUAAGUACAGCCUGGAAGGGGACAUUGACUAUGAAGGGUUCCGAUUGUUCAUGAAUACUUACCUAGAAGUAGACACACCAGAGGAAUUGUGUCGACAUCUUUUUCUCUCCUUUGUCAAGCGGCCUCGACCACAGCCUGUUGAACCAAAGUCUAUUAAGGAGAUGGCGGUGAGGUCCUCAGCCACAGCUUGUGCCCCGAUCACAUCCCACAACACCUCUGGUGGGUCCAUUAGCAACCUAGCCAGCUGUUCCAUAGGGGAGAGCAUAAGUGGGGGUGGCAAGUCAGAGGGGGGUGGGGGCACCUUGGCAGAGAAGCUCCAUGGCCUCACUGAGAAGUUCUCCUCUCUUGGACACAACACCUCUGAUUCUGAGGCCUCCACUCAUACCAGAACUGGUAGUUUAGGGGCAUGCAUCCACCCGCUGGUGACUGUGACUCAGACGCACAGUUACACUGAUGGUAAAAUGGAAAAGAGUACCGAUUCCUCACCAUCACACUCCCAGGUGUCACGAUCAUCCUCAAAGAAAUCCAACAACUCCCUUCUUGUUACCAAUGGGAAGCUGGAAGACAUGAAGCACUUAGUAAGAAAGUCAAGCAGUAUCGAGGUCCACACAGUACGGGUCAACCUCAAAGAUAUUAUAUGUUACCUGACGCUACUUGAAGGUGCUCGGCCAGAGGACAAAUUAGAGUUUAUGUUUCGCCUCUAUGACACUGAUGGCAACGGUGUCCUUGAUACUAAUGAAAUGGAUUGCAUAGUGAACCAAAUGAUCCAAGUAGCUGACUACCUCGACUGGGAUGUUACUGAACUCAGACCAAUACUGACAGAAAUGAUGGCUGAGAUAGACUAUGAUAAUGAUGGCACAGUGUCACUUGAAGAGUGGAAAAGAGGAGGGAUGACAACGAUUCCUCUGCUGGUGCUCCUUGGUCUAGACACGAAUAUGAAGGAAGAUGGGAAUCACGUGUGGCGACUAAAACACUUCAACAAGCCAGCCUACUGCAAUUUGUGUCUAAACAUGCUGAUGGGUCUUGGCAAAAAGGGUCUUUCUUGUGUCUUUUGUAAGUACACAGUGCAUGAACGGUGUGUCCAGCGAGCACCAGCAACAUGUAUUGCAACAUAUGUGAAGAGCAAGAGAACAUCCCAGUCCAUGUUACACCACUGGGUAGAGGGCAAUUGCCCAGGCAAGUGCUCUCGUUGCAAGAAAACUAUCAAGAGUUAUAAUGGCAUCACUGGAUUACACUGCUGUUGGUGUCAUCUGCGGCUCCACAAUAGAUGUGCUUCCCAAGUUAAACCUGAAUGCAACUUUGGAGAGCACAGAGUUCACGUUCUUCCCCCAACAGCCAUCUGUCCUAUUGUUCUGGAUCGCCAGCGAUCCAUAUCAAAGGAGAAGAAGGAUCUUCAUCGGUCAGAAUCAACACCAGCUGGACUCUGUGAAGGCACUGUUGCAGCCCCAAUGUCCUUCCAGAUUACACCCCUCCCUGGGACACAUCCGCUGGCUGUCUUUGUUAAUCCCAAGAGUGGGGGAAGGCAAGGGGCCAGAAUCCUCAGAAAAUUUCAGUACCUGCUAAAUCCUCGUCAGGUGCAUAACCUAGCAAAGGAUGGUCCCUUGACUGGCCUUCAGUUAUUCAAGGAUGUUCCCAAUGUGCGGGUGAUUGUGUGUGGUGGUGAUGGCACCAUAGGGUGGAUCCUGGAGCAAAUGGACAAGGUGCAGUGGAACCAGGCCCCCUGCGUAGGCAUUAUCCCCUUGGGUACUGGUAACGAUUUAGCCAGAUGUCUCAGAUGGGGUGGUGGUUACGAAGGGGAGAGCCUUCACAAAAUUCUUAAGAAAAUAGAGAAAUCCUCAGUGGUUAUGAUGGAUCGGUGGCACAUCGAGGUGUCUGAACAGUCAGCAACUCAGGAAGAUGAUCAGAUUGUUGGAGACAAAAUUCCUUAUAAUAUUGUCAACAAUUACUUCAGCAUAGGUGUGGAUGCAGCAAUUUGUGUGAAAUUCCAUCUAGAACGAGAGAGAAAUCCUGAGAAAUUUAACAGUAGAAUGAAGAAUAAAUUAUGGUAUUUUGAGUAUGCUACUUCAGAGACAUUUGCUGCAUCAUGCAAAAACCUUCAUGAAGACAUCGAUAUUAUGUGUGAUGGAGUGUCUCUGGAUUUAUCUAAUGGUCCAUCAUUACAAGGAGUGGCUGUUUUGAAUAUACCAUACACUCAUGGUGGCUCCAACAUGUGGGGAGACAGUACGCUCAAGAAGAGACAUAAGACCAAUAAAAAUAAGAAGAAAAAAGACAGAGAAAGAGAGCUUUCAACUUCCUCUUUCUCUUCUGAUCUCAGUGCUGCUAUUCAAGAUAUUGGUGAUAAACUGAUUGAGGUAAUUGGACUUGAAAAUUGUCUGCACAUGGGUCAAGUAAGAACAGGGCUUCGUGGGUCAGGCCGUCGGCUAGCUCAGUGUUCUUCUGUUGUCAUAAGAACACGGAAGAAGUUUCCCAUGCAGAUUGAUGGUGAACCUUGGUGUCAGCCUCCAUGCACUAUACACAUCAGCCACCAUAACCAAGUGCCAAUGUUGAUGGGUCCAGGAACAUGUAGAAGGAAAGGGCUCUUCUCUUUCAUCCGCAACAGUAACCAUAAGCAGAAGGUUGCACUGCAGCUCUUCACCCCAAAACUUGCCUAGCCACAAGCAUAAUUCUCUGAGGAUGCAGAUGAUUUUGCUGCAACUGUCUUUAUACCAUACAGUGUUUAUACAUAUAGAAAACUAUUUUUUCUGGAUAUUUAUUAAAAUAAUUAUUUGAGAUUUUGAUGUUACCAUUGUAAUUUUAUGCUAAGAAAUAUAUGAUUGAAUAUAGUGUAUAUAUAAGAUGCUCAUUUCUUGUGAGGCUUACAUGAAAAUAUGUCUUGAUAGUAUAAUUUGUAUUGAGAGAGAAAUACAUAUUACAUAUUUAUCAGGAACUAGAAAUAUUUAUCUUUUAAUACUACCAUAACUAAGCAGUCAUUUUUCUCUUAGCUUUGAACAAUAUACAGUAUAAUAGACUAUAUAAGUAACUAGGUUUUACAGAACUUGGAUAUAUGCUGUUGUAAUCUGCAUACACAUAAGCCAAAGAAUCUCUUACACCAAUGUCUUUAUUUCAUAAUGCAUUAGUUUACCAUGAUAGGCAGUGUACUGUAUUAAUAGUUUUACAUAUUAAAUUAUACUCCUCAGUUAUGUUUAUAGACUUAAAGAUAGUGUAGCAUGGUAUAUAUGUUUUGAAAAUUACAGUGUUGUAUAAAAACUUGUUUGGUCAGGUUUCCACUCUUACAUAAUAAUCUUACCUACAUACAAAAAAUACAUUCCUUACCUCACAUUUUGGUAGAAAUGACUUCCUGUCCUUUUAUUACAGAUUUUUGAGGGAGUUAAUAUAAGGAGUAGAUAAGGGAAUGAGCAAGUGAAAGGGCAUGGGAGAGAGCAGGCAAGAAAUUGAGAUGGCUAGUAAGCAAACAAGAAGUUUAGCAAGCACAUGAGGUCAAUAUAAAGUGCAAGGCAAAAUUCUGGGUGUCCUGUGGCUUGGUUGGUAGCGCACACAGCUCACACACUGAGGGUCCAUGGUUUGAUCCUCACCAUGGGUGGAAACAUUGGGCAUGUUUCCUUACAUGUGCUGCUCUUGUUCACCUAGCAAUAAGUAGGUACCUGGGUGUUAGUUGACUGUUAUGGGUGGCAUCUCAGGGGGUAUAGUAUACUUUAGAUAUGGCUGGGUUUUGAAAUUACAGUGUGGGCACUAUACCUCUGACCUCCAGGACUCAGGUCUGGCUAUCUGGUUUCCCUGAAUCUCUUCAUAAAUGUUAACUACUCCUAUAGCAUGUCAAGCCAUAAAAACCAUUUGUCUCCCCUUACUUCACUCUAACAUGGUCACACAAGUCUCUCUGACAUUCAAAACCCUAGCAUUGAAAAUAAGAAGACCAAAAUAGUAAAAAAAACUUAUUGUAUAUAUAUACCAUUCAUUCUAAGUGGAGCACAUAGUGUUAAACAUUAAAAACCAUUAAAAACAGAAAAACAAUUAUAUCUUGACAUCAAUAAAUUGUAAACAAACUGACAUGGGCAAUCACGUGCUGUGCUAUACAGGAACAAUGAACAUGCAGGAUGAAACUUUUACCAUAUAAACAUGCAAUUAAGCAAGAGUCGGUCCAUUUUAUCGAACGCAUGACAUGACCAAAUGUUUGAUAUAGUGAAUUUGGCCCACUUCAUGGUUAUUUUAAUAAGACACUUCAUUAAGCUUACAUGUUGAGCCUUUGUCCAGCUAGAUUUUUUUUGUCUGUUUUAGCUGAUAUCUGCUUUAUGGAAGUCCAUUUUAUUAGACAUUUACUAUAAUGAUGAUAAUAAUAAUAAUAGCAACAAUAAUAAACAUUGUUUAUGGUGAAAUGCUAAACCUGUAAGCCUGUAAGGGGUUUACAGUGACUGAGAGAACUGAAGGCAAUCAGGUUUGAUCCAAAGAAGGGAAGGGCCAGCAUCAGGGAACCUCCAGCCCACCUUGUCUGGUAAUCACUCCACAUGACUUGUAUUUAUUUGUAAUUUCCCCUCAUAUCAUAAUUUCUGUGAUUUAUGAAAAAAUCAAAAUUUAUUUCAUGGCCAUUUUAGAGGUGACAAAAUAAUUAUAAACCUCUUGUGUCUGCCCUUAUAGCAUUUCCAUGUUGUCCACCAGAAAACAGAUUUCGUGAUGUGACCUAGUAUAGUGACCUCAGUCAUUUGCUAGCUGUUUUACUUGUUUACUCUUCUG